GUGGUUAUAUGGUUAUGUUUUAUGUUAUAGUUUCAUGAUCAUGACCAGGUGACAAAGUUUUGUCUGUGAAACAAUGGCUAACAAUCGUAGAUACAACCUAGGCAGAAUUAAUGUUGAUAUUAAAACGCCGAGAACUACACAAUAUAACAGGAAGAGAACAGUAGAGAGGAACGAUUCUUCUUCAGAUUCCAGUGUUGACAAUCAAAGAUGGCGAGAGAAUUAUGCUCAAGUUUCAAACAUUUUGCAUGAAAUUAAUAAUAUUUCAAGCAAUGAUGAAUCUACAACAUCUCAAUCAUCUCCAGUAUCAUCAGAAAAUGAAUCAGAAUGUAGUUUGUCAUCUGCCAAUCAAGUAAUUGAUGCUUUUUCUGGAUCAACAGAUGACGAUGGUGAUCAUGCAAGAAAUGAACGUGAGCAAUUGCUACACGAGCAAGACGACGAUUAUGCAAGUGAUGAUGAUAACAUCCAAUAUCAACAUAUAUAUGACUACCCAUUUGUAGAUGACAAUGGAACACAAAAUCGAUUAGAUGAGAUACUGAACGAUAUCGUCAAUGAUGAAAUUAUUGAUAGUAGAAUCAACGUAAAUAAAGCGGAAAUAUAUUUAGGAGUUUUGAAAUUUUCACUAGUUUACAACUUGCCCCAAGUUGCAAUCGCAGAUUUAUUUAAGAUGCUAAACAUAUUUUGUGCUACCUCCGUUUUACCUGAUUCGAAAUACUUAGUUAAUGCAAUUUUCAACUGCGAAAAAAAUAUUACUUAUCACGCAUUAUGCCCUACCUGUAAGCGUUAUGUUAAAGAGUUUCGGCGUGGAGAGGAACAGAAUCAUAACAUACAUUGCGUUUCUUGUAAUUGCCGGUUUUCCUUGACUGAUCCAACUUACCGAGAUUUUUUCUGCAUAAUGAACCCAGACGAAGAAAUAGCUUAUUAUCUUGAAGAGAAUUGGACUUAUUAUGAAUCAAUAGUUGAGGCCCGUGUUAAAAAUUCUGAUAACAUAAAUGAAUUCCACAGUGGUUUGUUGUAUAAAAAGUUGAGAAAUUCUUUACCUGAUGAUCGAAAAAAUAAAUUUAUAACCGCGACUUUUAACAGCGAUGGUUCACCAGUAUUUGAAAGCUCUUCUUUCUCUAUAUGGCCAAUACAAAUCAUAAUCAAUGAAUUACCCUUUAAAGUCAGAACUUCAAAGCCAAUAGUAUGCGGACUAUGGUUUGGUAGAAAUAAGCCUGAUAUGAAUAUGUAUUUUGAGCCAUUUGUUAAUCAAAUGAAUGCAUUUUCGGAUGAAGGAAUUAUCUGCAAUAUAAGAGAUACAAAACAUACUAUUUAUGUAUAUGCUAUUUGCUCUUGUGAUGAUUCCGUUGCUCGCGCCCCUAUGCAAGGCGUUACUCAAUUCAAUGGUUAUUUUGGAUGUAAUUGGUGCUUACAUCCGGGAUAUUACAUUGCGGUAGGUAGGGGUGGAAGCGUUAAGUAUAUACUUUUGGAUGAACCGAUUAAUGAGAGGAAUGAAGCAGAUACUUUGCGAGAUGCGCGACAAGCUGUAGCUUCUGGUCAGUCCAUUAACGGUGUCAUUAAUGAAACAGUUCUCAGUCGUCUCAACUACUUUAAUAUUGUAUCCGGAUUCGUUCCAGAUCCAAUGCAUUACCUCGAUUUAGGUAUCGGGAAACAGUUUAUGAAAUACUGGUUUGACACUAAAAAUAUGCCUUAUUCAUUGACUAAUAUAGAAAUCGAUCAAGUGGAUAACGUUUUAAAAGCCAUAACUGUCCCUAGUAAACUCAUGCGGAACUGUCGUUCUAUACGAGAUAGAAAGUAUUGGAAAGCAAAAGAAUACCAAAAUUGGAUAUUAUACUAUAGUACAAUUGUUCUUAUUAAAUUUCCUCGCAUGAGAUGCUACGCUAUUCAUUGGUCCUAUCUAGUUAGGGCAUACUAUAUUCUAUUGCAAAAUAAUAUAAGUCGGAACCAAAUUCAAGAAGCAUAUCGUUUAUUGACGACAUUCGUUGUUCUAACAGAAUUGUAUUAUUCAAGAAGUGCGAUGACCUUCAAUAUACAUUAGCUACUCCAUACGGCACUCAGCGUCCUGAAUUGGGGUCCUUUGUAUUGUCACUCUGGCUACGGAUUUGAAAAUGGAAACGGAUAUAUUGUGAAAUUGGUACAUGCUGCGAAAGGUGUUCAAUAUCAAAUCUGUCGAAUAAUGGGUAUGAACAGAAGCGAUCGCAUUUUGACAAAAUUUAUGUUACAAAACAAUCCGAAUUCAGAAAUCUUGAGUUAUGUUAAGUAUUUAGAAACAAGAGAGUGUGCAAAAGUAUUGACUACUCACAUCGGAAGAUAUUUUGGAAAAUUGACUUAUUUAACACCUGAGUGGAGAAGAAGAUUGAAUUUAUCUAACACGGCUAGAGUUUACCGAAAACUAGUUAAGAUGGAUUGCGUGUAUUUAUCUUGCGAGACUAUAAGACUUAGAUCAAAUAAUUCUUUUGCGAUGACAGGUGACAAUAAUUUUGUACAAAUUGUUUUUUUUAUUAUUGAUACGUUGCAAAGGAAAGAGUACACUGUGUGUAAAGCAGUCGACGUUUUAGAUAUUUCUGAUAAUAAUGAUUUUGACGAAUUUCAGAUAAAAAGGAUAAUUACUAUUAGUCAAGAAUUAGAAGUUAUAAGUACUGAUUCAUUACAUAAAAUUUGCGUUUAUAUGAAUUACAACGAUGAAAGAUUCCUAUGUUCUGUACCAAAUGAAUACUCUUAUUAAACAUCGAAUAAGAAAUUAUAAAUAACAUGGGACGAAAUUCUUUUUGGUAGUAUUUCAAUGAAAUUUUGUAAAAAAUGUUGUAAUGCUCUUCUUAACUUUGUAAGUAAAAAUUUAUGAAUACUCUACUUGUUUCUAAUUUACAUAAAUCUAAUUUAUAUGUAAAUAAAUCUUGUGAUUAUUUUAUAAUAAUUAUGUAUUUAUCAUGAUUUUAAAUAUUUUAUGAUAUGGA